AUGAGCAACCCACCAGUGCAAAGGCCUUCGGCAGAGGGUGAGGGUUCAGAUGUGGAUGAGGAAUGUCCUUCCGAAGUGCCCACUGCACACCCUGUCACGAGCACAAAGGCUUUGGGGAAAAGGCAAGAUGAUCCAGCAGAAUCAAUGAAGUGUGGCCCAUUCACAGCUCAUGAGACUCAACUGGCGAUGGAACUCGCGGAUACCAUUGUCGUGCAUUGUAAGAACAUGGGUUGCACACCUGAGUCUGUGCUGUGUAAAGGAGGGUUCAAUGUGUCCCUUUCUUGGGAAGUGUCGUGUUGGGACAUAUGGCAAAUGUACCUGUGUUACCAGCCUUACAAUCCAAGAAAAAGUGAAGGGUCAUGGGUUACUCAGGCUGCUGCCAUGUACAACAAUAUUGUGGAGAAGUUGUCACCGGAACAGAUGGAUAAAUUUGUGGAGGAGAUGGGGGCUGAGUUAGCUGAGCUCAGGCCUGAGAUGGACAGGCAAGAAUUUAAGAUAACAAAAACAGCACUGAAGCAAGUUCAAGACUUGGCAAUGGCCCUGGGAUGUGCCGAUGUCGACAUGAUUGGGAUCAUCAUUCCACAGGAUCCUGUCACCAACCAAGCCAUGACAGUCCUUACAGGGAAUGCACAUCUUCAGGGUGUCAUUCAGCACUGUCAAGCAGAUAUCAAACAGAUGCUUCAUCAUUUAACAACACUCCUUAAGGGAAUGGAUUCAAAGAUGAUCACACCGAAGUCUGUAAACUUGGCACAGUUGCUGGGUCAGGAUGUUGCCAACAUUCUGCAAAUUGAUGAAGUGUUGUUACCAAAGUCCCCCACUAUGCCAGGCAGACUGAAAAAACUGUCAAAACCAUUGACAAAAGCUUCUAAGAUUGUGAAAGUUGUAGCCAACCCCAUUGACCUCGAUCUUAACCUUCCAAUGACCGCCACGCCUGCAGCAUAUUGGGAGUGCUGCCACACAGAAAUAUCAAGAGAUUGCACUCGAAGAUGUGUCCCCCAGCUGUUGAAGUUCCAAAUGGUGGAAUGGGCAGCACCAGAGGUAGCAGCAGGCUCUUCGGUGUGGGCAAAUUUUUUGACCCAUUGCCAUGAUGUGGAAAUGGUCCUCAAGCGAUGGCCCUGCAAGGAGCCUUUCCCUGGUGUGAAAGGCUGGUCCAUCAGCGAUAUCAGUUCACCUGGAAUCACUGUUAUGUUCACGUACUUGAUGAGCAAGGAUGAUGAGUUGAAGGCUUUGGCUCCUUGUAUUGUGGCAUGGUCUGACAAUCAUAAGUCUCUGGAUGAAGGGAGUGAAGAAUGGCUGGAGAUACCUAUCAUCAUGGGAGUUAUGGAGUCGGGGGAGGUGAAGGUCUUGGCCUGCAUCAAAAACUGUCAGCCCAAAGUCCACAAUGCUGUGCAACAAAAAGAUGGUGGGCUGGAUGUGGCACCUCUCCUUCAAGCGAGAGCUCGCAGUCAGGCGAUCAACAAGAACACAUUGAAAGUUACCAAGAAGAAGACAACCAAAUCCACUCAAUCCAAUGCUCAGAAAUGCAAGUUAUUACCGACAAAGCUUGUUUGCCGUUGGGGAACAUCAACCAAUUGGCAGAUCCGUUUCCACAGCAGCCAUCCUCCCCUCCUGCUAAGCAAGUGUGCUGCAAGGAUACGUCAAAUGAAGCAGCAGGUUCGGUUCAACAGCAAGCACACAAUUACCAUGGUUCUCACCAACAGAAAGCACAAGACCUCUGUGUCGCAUACCAGCAUCAGAUGGACAACCAACACCUCUGACUUCCCCCUCAAUUCACAAAUAAUCAGCUUCUUGGCCAACACCCACAACAAUACAGGCCAUCUGGCUUUGGUGGAAGGGGGCGUGGUGGCCACCCCCAAUAUUGAGGAUAUCCUCAUCCUUAUGAUUUUGGGGUAA